AAUAAAAUGUCCGACGAAGACCGAAUCAAGAUUGCACUCAACGAUUCUCGUAUUUUGGGCCUCAAUGCCGCUGACAACGAUGCACUUGGAGAGCUUUUUACGGAGUUCUUUUCCAGCGAUAACCACGGUGAUGCUUCGGACAGUCACGAUGGUGCGAGCGAUCGCGAGUCGUCAGAUUCUGAUUCCGAUGCCGGCGGCCACUGGAAAGAGUCUGCUUCUGACGGGGAAAAUGACAUCGACAACGCAGAAGAACCCAUGGAUGUUGAUGACAACGAUGAUCUUGAACCAAUCGUUGUUGAAAAUGUUGCAGCCAACAUCAUUCAGGAUAUAGGAAUGGAUGAUUGGGUUUCCCCUGAUGCUGAGGAGGAGCUGGAGAAAGUGAGGAACUUCAACAAGUGCAGAUGCCGCAACCAUCAAUGUCUGCAAAAGUUUGACAGUGGAUUCAUCAUCAAACUUCGUCGCCAAAUGAGUGAUGCGACACUCACCAAGUCCGAGAAGAAGAUGUUCCUACUUGGCAAGUUGAGUACGACAUUGAACAACAGUCAAACUACAAAUUGCAAGAAACGUCCCCGACAGAAAGUCCGACAGCGAUCGAGAACCGAGUAUCUUGUUGAAGGAGUGAAGGUCUGUCGUGAAGCUUUCCAGUUCAUGCACAACGUUUCUAACAAUCUGCUCACGAGUCUUGCCAAGCACUAUAAACAUGAAGGAGCUGCCCCCCAUAAGAUCACAUCAGGAGGAAGGAGGUUUAAUACAAGGGCUCUGACGGUAAAGGACAUCGAGCGGGUGGUUCAGUUCAUCAGCUCCUAUGCCGAGGAGCAUGCAUUGGUGAUACCUGGUCGUGUCAGUGGGGUGAAGUGCCAGGACCCAAGGGUGCGCUUACUUCCUUCAUCUGAGACGAAAUCAUCAGUAUGGAGGAAAUAUCAGACUUACAUGGGGGAUAUGAACUCUACACGGAGACUUUCAGGUGAUCCAGAUUUUUGCAUCGUAAAGCGAGUGACAUUCACAAAGCUGUGGUGCCAGUACUGUCCCUUUGUGUUGACCACCCGACCAAAGACAGAUCUGUGCUGGGUAUGCCAACGCAACAACAGUCUUGUUUACCAGAGCGCCAACCAGCUGGAUGGAGAAAAGCUCGCACAGCUGAGACGCCAGGAAGAACAUCUACGGGUUGUAAACAUGGAGCGUGAUCUCUACCGAUCCAUGGUUGCAGAUUGUAAGCAAGCUGUCGGAGAGGAACACCUUGGUCUUCAUCAGCCAGCUUCUCGACGGGGGACAGCUCACUAUAGUUUCGACUUUGCUCAGCAAGUCCAUUACCCUCACAAUCCAAACCAGCCGGGCCCCAUGUAUUUUCUUUGCCCUCGCAAGUGCGGCAUAUUUGGAGUUUGCUGUGAAGGAAUCCCUGAACAGGUAAAUUACCUAGUGGAUGAGGGUAUGUCGUCAUCUAAAGGAUCUAAUGCGGUCUUGAGUUAUUUACACCAUUUUUUUCUUCACUAUGGCCUGGGUGAGGAGAAUGUUGAACUCCACUGCGACAAUUGCUCGGGGCAGAACAAGAACAAUUUUGUAAUGUGGUACUUUGUCUGGCGAACACUUCAUGGUUUUCAUGAUAACGUAACAGUGAACUUCCUCAUCGCCGGCCACACAAAGUUUUCACCGGACUGGUGUUUUGGCCUGCUUAAGCAGAGAUACCGAAAGUGCGUAGUCAGCUGCCUGGGGGAUCUUGAAGAGGUUGUUCGCACCAGUACAACGAGUGGUGUGAAUAUUCCACAGCUUGUUGGCACUGAGAAUGGUACCAGUUCCGUGUCCUUGUAUGACUGGCAGGCAUUCCUGAAACCCUUCUUCCGAACUCUACCAGGCAUCAAAGGCUACCACCACAUGAGGUUCAGCAAAGACGAUCCCGUGCAGCCUUCGUGAAAGCAUACGCUGACUCCCCAGAGACAAGAGUUCAGCUUUUACGCAGUCCCAGUAUCAUGCCUGCCAAGAAUCUACCUGAGCCAACUGCUCCCCCAGGUCUGUCUGCGAAGCGUUCGGAGUACCUGUUUCAAAGCAUACGUGAGUACUGCACCCCUCAGACGCGUGAUAUCACGUGCCCACCACCACCAGCUGCCCCAGCCCUCCCUGAUGUUGAAGAUGCAGAGUCGCAACUUGAAGAUAGCCAUGAAGAAUCGAGUGAUGAAGAUUCUAGUUCUAGCGCAACUGAUGAGAGUGAAAUUGCCCCACCAAAACGUAGACGUUGAAGAUUUAAGUUAACAAACCCUUGAUUAUACCCUUGAUUUAACUGUGCACACACAAGUUGUACUUUUUUACAAAAUCUCAUUGAUAGAGGAUUUGAGAUUGCGAUUUGGGCGUCACUAUAACUUUUGUUUUAAUUUAUUAAGUCGUAAAGGAAUAAAAGAAAACGACAUUACAUUGAAUCAUAUCAUUUCCGAUUUGCUGAAAUGAAUAUAUACAUGUACAUUGUAGCGUAAAAUCCAAGAAAGUUUUGUAAGUUUAAGAAGAGUUGUAAAUACAUGUAUAACAAAUACUGCCACUUUAAGGUUUUCUUAAUUGAUUUUUAGUUAAAGUGUGUUGUUUUAUAGUACGUAGCGAAACAUGAAGGACAUGGAGUUCCAAUAAUUGAUGUCCAGUGUAUGAAGAAAGUUUGCUAUGUUGAGCACCUUUACAUUCUAUAACUGCCCCUUUAACCUUGAUGCUCAAAGCAACAAAAUCGGACAAAUGGAACAAGUGCUAUCUUGUCUGUGUGAGAUACCAUGUUUGUUUGCUUUGAUAUUACAAAGUUAACUUAAUUGCUUAUACACUGUUCUUUUGCAAAGAGAUAAUUCAAACAUGGACGGUUAACUAUUUAUAACUGCUCAGCUGAACUGCUUACAAUUCAUAAAAAAAGUAAAUUCUGUGAAAAGACUGCUCCUUUAAGAUGUUUAAUUACGUUUGUUCUACAUUAUCAAUGCUUGAUUAAUUCAUGUAUCAAAAUGAUUUACUAUUCGUAUGUAAAAGCAAUGGAUUUUGAAAUUCUAAGCCAGUUUACAUUAUUUCAACAGUAUUCAAAACGUCUGCUAAAUUAUGCAAAUAUUAUGCAAAUUAUGCAAAUGAGACCCUUUUAUUCAUUACAAUUAAUAAUGCAUGUACAUGCUAAUGUCAUUGUGUGUAUGUCCUGCAAAUUUGAGGUAAAAAUAAUAAUCAGAACAUGGUUGUUGCUAAGGAAACAGAA